UCGCCCUCAGAGGCGAGCGUGUCUCGCUGGCCAUGGUUGGGAUUUCCAUCUCUCCCCCAAUGGUACCAAAGGGGACCAUCUGCCAGGACAUGAAGGUCUACCCGGCGGAGUGCAGGGGCCUGCGGAGCACGUAUCGGGGGAAAGUCACCGCUGACAUCAGCUGGUCGGUGAAUGACAUUCCACAAGGGACCAUUAAACAGCCCCUGGGGUAUAUUCCAAUCAUGGUGAAGUCUAAAUUGUGCAACCUCUAUAAUUUUUCUGCUCAAGAGCUCAUCCAGCACCACGAGGAAGAAGAGGAAAUGGGAGGCUACUUUAUAAUUAAUGGCUUAGAAAAAGUUGUUAGAAUGUUGAUUAUGCCCAGGCGGAAUUUCCCUCUUGCCAUGACAAGACACAAGUGGAAAAACAGAGGCCCUGGUUUCACAGAGUACGGAGUAGUGUUGCACUGUGUUAAGGAUGAGCACACUGCAAUAAAUAUGAACCUUCACUACUUGGAAAAUGGUUGUGUGAUGUUGAACUUCAUUUUCCAGAAAGAGUUGUUUUUCCUGCCUUUGGGGUUUGCUCUGAAGGCACUAGUUAAUUUCUCAGACUACCAGAUAUUUGAAGAGCUGGUCAAAGAGAAGGAAGAUGACACCUUUUAUGUGAACUGUGUUGCUGAGAUGAUGAGAGCAGUAUUGGAUGCAGGCUGCUUUACACAGCAAAAGGUCCUCGAUUACCUGGGAAGGAGCUUCCGAGUAAAACUUAACCUUCCUGAGUGGUACAGCAACGAGCAGGCUGCUGACUUCCUUUUGAACAAGUGUAUCUGCAUCCACUUGACAAACAGAACCGAAAAAUUCUACCUGCUUUGUAUGAUGACCCGGAAGCUGCAUGCCUUUGCCAAAGGGGAGUGUAUGGAGGAUAACCCAGAUAGUCUGAUGAAUCAAGAAGUGCUUACCCCAGGGCAGCUUUUCCUUAUGUUUUUAAAGGAGAGGCUUGAAAGCUGGUUGCAUUCUGUUAGAUUUGUUUUGGAGAAGAGAGCAGAAAAGGCAGAUAUCAGUCUGAAUACAGACAACUUGAUGAAAGCUUUCGGCCUGGCAGCGGACUUCACCAAGCCAUUUGAGUAUCUGCUUGCGACGGGUAACCUGCGGUCUAAAACUGGCUUGGGCAUGCUGCAGGACAGCGGUCUGUGUGUGGUAGGAGACAAGCUGAAUUUUGUUCGCUACCUUUCCCACUUCCGCUGCAUACACAGGGGCUCAGCGUUUUCCCAGAUGAGAACUACGACUGUGCGCAAACUCCUGCCCGAAUCCUGGGGGUUCCUGUGCCCUGUGGACACCCCAGAUGGAGAGCCCUGUGGUCUCAUGAACCACAUGACAGCUGUGUGUGAAAUAGUCACAGAGAUGGUGUCUGUCAUAGACCUUCCACCUUUGAUGUGUUCCCUAGGUGUCACUCCCAUUGAUGGCACUCCAGGCAAGCCCUACGCAGAGUGUUACCGAGUUGUGCUGGACGGCUCUGUGGUGGGCUGGGUGGAGCAGGAGCUGGCUCCGCAGAUUGCAGAAACCCUCCGGCGUUUCAAGAUAACACAAGAGAAGAGAUUUCCUGCACGGGCAGAAGUGGUUCUUAUCCCAAAGACAGGAAAACCUAGCCUGUACCCUGGGUUGUUCAUUUUUACUACCCCUUGCCGGAUGGUGCGGCCUGUCAGAAACCUGUCCUAUGGAAGGAAGGAAUGGAUUGGUACCCUGGAACAGAUCUUCAUGAACGUUGCAGCCCUGGAGUCGGAGGUCGUGCCCGGAGUGACCACUCACCAGGAGCUCUUCCCUCACAGCAUCCUGAGCGUGGUGGCCAACCUCAUCCCCUUCUCCGACCACAACCAAAGCCCUCGAAACAUGUACCAGUGCCAGAUGGGAAAGCAAACCAUGGGAUUUCCAGUUUAUAACUACAGGGACCGCUCGGAUAACAAGCUGUACCACCUCCACACCCCCCAGAGCCCCCUGGUGAGGCCCAGCAUGUAUGAUUACUAUGACAUGGACAGCUAUCCGAUUGGAACCAAUUCCGUCGUGGCUGUCAUCUCCUACAGUGGCUAUGACAUGGAAGACGCUAUGAUUGUGAACAAAUCUUCCUGGGAGAGAGGGUUCGCCUAUGGAAGCGUUAUCAAGGUGGAGAGCAUUGACCUUUCCCUUAAAGCCAACAGGGGAGGCGACAACUUAGUGUUUGGUAUCAAGCCUGGUGACCUGAACCUCGCCGGGAAGUUGGAUGCUGAUGGACUGCCUUAUGUUGGCUCCAUCCUGCAGCCAGGGGACCCAUUCUACAGCUUCAGGAACCUCAGCACUGGGGAAGCCUUCACUGUGUACUAUCAGAACAAGGAAAUCGGCAUCGUAGACAACGUCAGGUUGUGCAGCAAUGACCGUGGCACUGGGAAGUUCAAGAAAGCUUGCAUCACCGUGAGAGUGCCCCGAAAUCCAACUGUAGGAGACAAGUUUGCCAGCCGCCAUGGGCAGAAAGGCAUCCUGAGCCAGCUCUGGCCAGUGGAGGAUAUGCCCUUCACGGAGAACGGGAUGGUUCCGGACAUCCUCUUCAACCCUCACGGGUUUCCCUCCCGUAUGACCAUCGGGAUGUUAAUUGAGAGCAUGGCAGGGAAGUCCGCAGCGCUGCACGGUGUCUGCUACGACGCCACCCCGUUCACCUUCACGGAAAAGAACUCCGCGUUGAAAUACUUCGGGGAGACCUUGCAGAGCGCAGGGUACAACUUCUUCGGGACUGAGAAGAUGUACAGCGGCGUGAGCGGCCUGGAGCUGGAGGUGGACAUCUUCGUGGGAGUCGUGUAUUAUCAGCGCCUGCGCCACAUGGUCUCCGACAAGUUCCAGGUGAGGACAACAGGGCCCCGAGACAGCGUCACCAACCAGCCCAUCAAAGGCAGGAACGUGGAAGGCGGCAUCCGCUUUGGCGAGAUGGAGCGCGACGCUUUGCUCGCCCACGGCACGUCGUUCUUGCUGCAGGACCGUCUCUUCAACUGCUCCGAUGGCUCCGUAGCCUACGUGUGCGCGAGCUGCGGGAGCAUGACGUCCCCUGUGCUCGAGCAGCCUCCGCCUUUCUCCUCCGUGGCCAGCAACCGGCGAUACUCGUGCUCCCUCUGCGGCGAGGCUGACAGCAUCGAGGUUGUCCCUGUCCCGCACGUCUUCUGCUACUUUGUGGCCGAGUUGGCAGCCAUGAACAUAAAAACAACCCUCAACGUGGAGUAGUUCU